AUGGGGAAAGAAUUACUCAUGCACGAUGAUUUAAAUGUUCGAAAAAAAAAAAAAUUCAUUUCGGAGAGCCACUUGGUUAUACAGCGGGACGCCAACUACGUGACCGUCCGCAGCAAAAAAAAAUUGCUCUACGCUGUGGUGUUGCUUUGCGGGGAAAGGGAGCCAAAGGGGGAGGGGAAGGCGAAGGAGAGGGCAACUGACACCGCGACGAUCACCGAACGUAACAAUUACACUCGUGUACUCUCCGCACUCAAACAUGCCUCGGACACGUGUGAAGCAAACUUGAAGUACUACGUCAGCCUUGCAAAUGGACAGUGCAAGCUGAAGAAGAUCCAUCUCCUGGACUGCAGUCAGAUGGUGUGGGAUUUUCAGUUUUUUAAAAAGGACCUACAUAGAAGGAUAAAAUACGCGCAACGAUCGAAGUCUCUAUGCUUUGUUUUGUCUCCUCGGCUGCUGCUUCGGGAGUACUCGUUGUUCGUGUCUGGGUUGAUACGGCGCUUGGGGCGGGGCUCUCCCUCUCGGGACCAACAAAAGACGCCCUUCCUUCAGAAAAUUUGGUCCAUCCUUUCUCUCCUGAAGGAAGAAAAUACCAACUUACGAAAUAUCUACCACUUGGAACACUACACGAAAAUAUUUUUACACAACUGUGACAAGUUAAACAGAAAAUUAUUUAUCUCCUUUUUAAAAAAAAUAAACCACCUGCACGUGCAUGCAGUAAAUUUGAAUACACUCUUUGGUUUGUAUUUUAGCGAAACGGAGGAAAACAUUCUAAAAGUUUUUCGAAAAUGCGAGCGGCGGAGGCGGCCUCGGCGGAGAGCGGCCGCGCAACGUGAAUACAACGACGAAGGUAACACAGGACACAACCUAUGUAAGGAGGAUAACCCAGCAAGAGGGGUGCAGAAAAAAAAGCACUCCCCCGAGGUAGACCUGUAUAAAGAAGAUUCAGAUUACAUAGGGAGAUCUUCAACGGAUGAAGGUACCAAAAAAACGCUGAAGAGAAAAAAAUUAGCAACACAUGUAACGUAUGACAUUAAGCAGUUGGCAAAAAUUUACAAAGAAAAACACAUUCAGCUGAUGCGAAGGAAAAAAAAAAACAUCAGUAUCAUCGUUUUAAGUGAUUUGGAUUUGAAACACUUUGAUAUUUCUCUCACGAGGGCGGGGCGAUUUUUUCAUUUCAUAAAAUAUGCAUAG